AAAUAAAUCAUGUUCGUUAGUAAAUAAUCAAAUCAAAAGGAAAUAAAUUCAACAUAUCAAUGGAGAUCCUCCGGCUUCUGAUCGUCUUCUCCGGCAUCCCGUUCUUUUUGUGCACGGAAGCCUUGGGCUUCCGAGUUUUGCUGCUUGAGCCGUCGGGUUCUCCGGCUGCUCAAGCCCGAUGGAGCCGGCCUGUUCCCUGCUCCAAUGACCCCAUGAGGUCUCGCGGCUCCUUGCUCCCUCACGCAAAUCUACCGAGCUGCAUGCUGGAAUUCCCCAGAUCUGGUCUUCGCCUGUUCAUCUUGGUUCUUCGCGGAACCCAGAUUUGGGUUCCGCGAGGAACCCAACCCGGUGUUGGGUGGCGGAACCUAACCCGAUCUGGGUUUCGUGAAGAACCCAGUUCUGGGUUCUUGGGUUCCUCAAAGAACUGCAGAUCUGCAUUUGUUUGCUUCUUAGGUACAAACCGAGUCAGUGCGAAGCUUGCUUCAUCAUGAAUUUGUGUGGUGUUUGUGAAAAAAAUGUAUGGUGUAUGGUGUUUAUUACUUGUAUUUUUCAUUCUAAUGUAUGAAUUUUCACUAGAUUGAGAAAAACCCAGAUCUGGGUUUGAGAGAGAAAGACGAAGGGAGAAGAGAGAGUGAAAGAGGAAGAGAAAGAAGGGAUGUUUUAUUUUCUGACGUGGAUAAAAGAAAAAGAUAUAAUUAUU